UCACGACUGAUUUACGUACGCUUGUGCGCAAUCCACCCAUAGCUCAGCGCGUGCGCUACGUUGCCAUCUUGUGUAGAGGAAGCGGAGCCGUUAGCUCGAGACCUGCGCUGACAGACUGACAAACAAACCAACCGUCUCUCUGCUCCCGGUGGAAACGGAUAGUAAACAUGCGUUACUCCGUGUCGAGACGUGUGUCCGGUGUGCUUCACGGAGGAUGUGUGCUUCAGAAGAAGGGAGAGUGUUGAGAACCGAAGGCGCCUCAGAGUCUCGUUCAGUCCAGAGACGGGAGAAUUUCACCCGCGAGGGCGGCCUGACGGAACUCUCUCACCGGGACACGGCCUUCGAUUAGGCCUCACGGACUCGGGAGGACUAAACACAGCUGGAAUAAACCUGACAUUGUGUUUGGAGCUUCAGUUUAAAGGAUCUAAGAGUGCCGCGAUGAGGGAGUCUUGAGCUAGCGUGACGCUAACUGAACAUUACAUGACAUUUUUACACACAGCGCGUUACUUCAGACUCACUACUUCAGUCUGACGUGUUGAGAGACACUUAAAGCUGUCAAAAUGUCUAAAAUGCCGUCGAAGAAGAAGAGCUGUUUCCAGAUCACGAGCGUAACGCAGGCUGCGCAGGUGGCGGCUAACAGCAACACGGACGACCCCGAGAGUUUAGACGAGCCCGGGACCGAGGACCUGUCCUCGUCCGAGAUAUACGACAUGUCCAGAGCGGGAGAUUUCGAGCCGGAGGCGUGUGAGGUCAGCUUGUCGGAUGAAUCGCUUCAUAACGAGGCCGAAACAUACGGCCAAGACGGUCUCAUAACGACCACACCUGGCUCUUGUAGCACAGGUGCUGUUCACAUAAACCCACCUGUCCGUGCAUUAGGCGGGACCGCGUCUCCCCAGGCUUCAGCUUCCGCUGCACCAUCCAGCACAUCACAGACUUCAUCGGGUAGCAGUUCCGCCACAGUAGGUAGCUGCAGUUCCCGUUUCAGGGUCAUCAAAUUAGACCACAGCACGGGUGAGCCCUUCAAAAGAGGUAGGUGGACUUGCACUGAGUUUUACGAGCGAGAUACGGACGCUUCCUCGUCCGCUCGGACCGUGGAUACCGUCAAGCACGCGGGCACCACAGACCACAGCACGGAUGCACUCGGGGCCUCGGGAGGUUCGGUGGCGGCUCGUGUUGGGCUUUCGGCAGCUGCAACAGAGCCGCACACCGAUAGCGGUUACGCAUCUGCGCCAUCGAACCCACCCGUGGAGGCUCAGCAGCAAACCUGUGGCAUUUACGGCGAUGCCCACGCUCAACAUGUCAGGUCUCCCAGCAUGCCUUCAACAACUCAGCCACAGCCGUUAUUCGCUGGGAAACAGGCGCAGAAACCUGGCCAGACUCUUCAGACUGUUGUCCCAUCGAAUCAGGGUGACUACAGAGCGCCGCAUCCUCCCGGGUCUCCGGCCCAGACUGCCUCGGUGACUUCUCUUCCGCUCGUGACCCCGCUGAACCAGGGGCCGUCGCCUGUCAUGACUCCUGCGGCGGGGAGCGCCGCUCACGUGCUCGGAUUAGUUCCCCAGCCCGUGGACGGCAGAGGGCUUCCUGUCAGCCAGCCGGAGCAUGUUCAGGGGCGCUUACAGCAGGCGGGCAUCAGCACGGCUCUAGGGACCGUGUCGGCCGCAGCUGUUGUACAGCAGGCACCAGUGCCGCUCAUUCAGCCGGCGGCAACCGUGUCUGUCAGCACGCUUGCUGGAGUCCCUGGUGUGCAAAAUGUGCCUGCUGUUAUGUCCAGUGCCUCUAAUACCCCCCAGGGCAUGCCAAAACAGACGCCGGCCCCCCAGCAGAAUCAGCCUCAGGGAGUCUACGGCGGGUCGCUGGGAGGACUGGGUGCGCUGACGACCCCCGCUCACUUCAGCCAGCUUCCCACCGGCGCCGCCCAGAGCGUGGAGAACCAGAGGAAGCCCGACGGGCUGCUCCAGAGCUCUGUGCUCAUGGGGAAAGAUGCCAUCAGACCCCUGAAUCCCGAGGGCCUGCAGCUUCACACACCUGCUGUCAGCAGCCUGUUCGGAAUGGCUAUAUCCAUUGUUGGGGAUGAGGACAGUGCCUCUGGCGCCAGUGUUGUGGCCAUUGAUAACAAAAUAGAGCAAGCUAUGGAUCUUGUGAAGAGCCAUUUAAUGUACGCGGUGCGUGAGGAAGUGGAGGUGUUGAAGGAGCAGAUCAAGGAGCUCUACGAGAGGAACUCUCUUCUGGAGAGAGAGAACGCAGUAUUAAAGUCUCUGGCCAACACGGAGCAGCUGACCCAGCUCAGCGGUCUGGGCAGCACCUCACCCCAGCAGACGCCGCUCAGCACCAUCCUACAGGAAGGGAGUACCCUCGUGGCCUUGCCCCCGCAACCCAACGUGUCCACCGCGUGAAGACCUGCACACAACAACCCAAAAAUGACAAUCUGCACAGGAGAUGUUGGUUUCCAGUCGUGUUUGCCACUUGCGGAGAGCCAUGCUUGGUUAUCAGCGCUGCUUGGCUUUCCCAGUAUUAGACAAUCAUUUUGGGAGAAGCGGAAUUGGCUCCCUGAUGGGUGCGGGAGCUUUCUGUGGGAACGGGCUGCUGGCAGGCACGGACGAAUGAGUUCAGAAGAAGAGUGAAGAUGUAGCGGGACGCAUGUCUGCCGCUAUCAGAGUCUCCAGCUGAGACCGUGGAACGCUCGGGGAAGACUACAGCACCAAUCCUGUUUAGUUUUACUGUUUGUGUAUAUUUAUUAGAGGGCUGCUAUUUUCAUAAUGUAAAUGAACAAUGUAACAGAGAUCUAUAUAUAUAUAUGUGUAUAUCUAAAGAAGCGUUGUUUUGGUUUCUGAAAUGUAAGAUAGUUGUUUAACGAGGCAAUAAUGUCCCCGUGGCACAGUUCCAACACUAAAAGUGAUUCAGCAGCACUGCUGGUGCAGUCCUGUAUAGGUGAGCUGGUUCGGGGUUGAAUGUACAGGUGUGUGUGUGUGUAUAGAUUGUAAAGUAUUCGCCAGCGGGAAUCAAGUCUGUUUCUUUCGGAUUCAAUAUACUUUCCCUAAGUACUUCAAUUCUGAUACGGUUUGUAUUUUCAAUUCGGGAUGGGGGAAGGAGCUGUGAAUUAGUUCUUCAGCAUAUUUCUAACCAAAGAAGAAAGCUGUAUUUGUUUUGUAAUGCACUUUUGUUGUUGCUGUUCGCUCGCGCGCGGGCUUUUUUUCUUUUUAAUACUUUGUCACCUUUUGUUUCUGAUUGGCAUGUGCUGCAUGAUCUAUCAGACUAUUUUGUUUUACCUCAUGUUUUUUUAUUUGUCAUAAUUUAAGCAGUCUGUGAACGAUGUUUGAUUAUGGACGGUGAAGGGUGAUUUUUUUUUUUUUUUUUUUUUUUUUUUUUUGGGGAGUAACGCAAAAAAAAAGAAGCCAAAUUUCAUUUGCAUGGUGUUAAAAAACGCGACAUACAGACAAAUGUUUAUUACAUUGCAGAAAAUGUACAAAAUAAAUGCUGAUUUAUAUUUCCAGGCGUAGUUUACACUGAUUACUUUCAGAGAUUAAUCAUCGUAAUGAAAUCCAAGCCACAGAGGUGUUCACGCGCUCUGGUUUAUUUUCUGUACAAUCACUGUACAUCAGUCUGAACCUUUCAGGUGUGCUUGGGUGUGUUUUUGCUGAAGGAAAUGUAGUAUACAAGCAGAAUGCAUUGUACUUGAUCACUGAGCCUUUGAGAAUAUCUUAAAUACCCUUGUAAUGUGCCGUUUUGAAAAAGUUUAGUUUUCUGUCAGAAAUAAAUGACUGUUCCUUUGAGAACUGAAGCAUUUUAAA